ACUCAGCUCGAGUGAGUAAGCGGAUGAGUGGAGGAGUGUAAGUUCAAGUGAGAAUCAGGCCUGGGUGACAUUUGAGGCAGUCGCUAGCUUUCUGUUCACAUCUGACACAAAAAAAAGAAAGAAAAAUUCAUAUUCUUUUCACAGGGUUUUUUUUUUGGAUGACCAGCGGAUAUUAACUUUGAGAUCAGUUUUUUUCCCCUUAAUUUUUGCCCCCCUAAUAAUAAUUAUAUAUAUAUCCAGAUAAAGAUAUCAAUUAUAGACCAUCAUUUAAUUUCUUUCUCUCUCACAGGCGUUGAGUGCAAAAUAUGACGGGGCGUGUCGUAAUUAUAACAGGAGCCAACUCCGGCAUUGGAUUUGAGGCAGCUCGUUUGCUGUGCGAAGGUGGUAACGAUGUGAUCCUUGCCUGUAGGAACGAGGACAAAGGGAAAGCCGCUGUGGAGAAAAUUCUCAGCAAGAAUCCAAAUGCUUUGGCAACUUUCAUGCAGAUGGAUCUUGCUGACAAAGCUUCUAUCCAUAAAUUCGUGGAAGAUUUCCAUAAAACAGAAAAGAAAUUGCACGUCUUAAUCAAUAAUGCUGGCUGCUUCCUGAACCCGAAAGAGACAAAGCGUCAGUUCACUAAGGACAACUUUGAAUUAACAAUGGGUACAAAUCACUUAGGACCUUUCUUGUUAACCAAUCUGUUAUUGCCUGAUCUGAAGAAAACUGGUGAAGAAAAUGGGGAUUCCAGAAUCGUUACCGUAACAACUCAUCUUCAUGACAAAUCUGUCACCAGACGACGACCAGUUGUUGAAAACUUGGAUAUUGACAAUUUCUUCUUGGAGAAGGAGAAUACUUACAACUCUCACCAAGCAUACAAGAACUCUAAACUGGCUAACAUAAUGUUCACCUAUGAACUUGCUAAGCAGCUGGAGAAUACUGGUGUCACUGCAAAUUGCCUUUGCCCAGGUUUUAUUCCAACAACAGAAUUAACUCGUAGCACCAGCAGCGCUCAGCGCUUCUACCGCAAGUUUGUUCUCCAUGGACUUCUCCGUUUCACAAAGAUGACCAGAACUGUGGAACAAGGUGCCAAAGCUCUUGUUGAAAUGGCAACUGGAGAGAAAUUAAAAAGUGUUAAUGGUAAAUACUACAAAGAACACCAAGAACUGAAGUCUUCUGAAGAAUCCCAGAACGAGGAAAUGCAGAAGAAAGUCUGGGAUCUGAGCGCCAGGUAUUGUCACUUGGAAGGUUUUGAAGCUUUGGACGCCCCAGUUCCUCCUCCACCAGAAGAACCAAAGGAGAAAUCUAAGGAAAAAUCCAAAUCUGAAGAAGAGAAGAAGGAAGGCGGCGAGGAGAAGGCUGAGGAAGAUAAGUCUGAGAAGACUGAAGAGAAGGCUAAAGAUUCUGAGGAGAAAGAAGGUGAUAAGGAAGCAACCGAGACCGCUCCUGCUGAGACUGAAGAGGCUCCAAAGAAGGUGGAAGAGGAAGAUGACCUGAAGAAAGCUACCCCAGCAACGGAGAUCACUCCGGCUGCGACCGAAGUGGCUGCUUAAGGAGAGGGGCCGGAAAUUGGUGAAAACUAAAUGAAUUAGAGAAUUUGAAAAAAAAAAAAAGAUAAAACAAAACGAAACAAUAACAACAAAAAAACACUAAACAAAAGCCACAAAGAAAAAUCUCUUAUAAUAAUAAUAAUAA